CGCCGAGCGCGGAGGACGCCGAGGAUGACAUUCAGUUCGUGAGUGAGGGAACUUUAAGACCUGUUCUUGAGUACACCGAUCUGGUCAGCAGUGAUGAAGAGCCAAGCACCUCUCACAGUGAUAAUAUAGAUAACAUCGAUAUGGAGAUAGACGAUUCAUCUAAUGAAUCUGUAAAUGCAAGCCGGGAAAAAAAAUUAAGACCAGUAAUACUCCCAUCCUCUUCAGACAAGAAUCUUAUUAAUACAUCUGAUUGCGAGGAAGGUGAACCAUUAGAUAACGAAUCUUAUGAAUAUACCACGGAGGAAGAAUGUGUAGACUCGGAUUCAGGAGGGGAUCAUGAUGAAGAAUGGCAGCAGAUAGGAGGAAGAGGCACAGUGGUCCAUGAAUAUUCCCGGAAAGAGAAGUUUUUGGUAGAAAACAUUGAUAAAAAUGACCCUUUCUCAUUGUACAAAUUAUUCUUGACGAAUGAUAUCCUGCAAAUGAUCGUUGAAGAAACCAACAAGUAUGCUGUUCAGUGCGAAAAUAACUCUGCAUCUAACAGCAAGAGACAACAGCAGUCGUGGAAGCCUGUUACCCUGGGAGAAAUGAACACUUUCAUUGGCAUUUUGCUUAUUAUGGGCGUCACCCAAGUGCCAGAAAUUAGGUUGUACUGGUCCACAAAGGAAAUGUACAUGAACACACGCAUAAAAAAUGCCAUGAAGUGCGAACGCUUUCUGGCCAUUCUUAAGUAUUUGCAUUUUUCUGACAAUGCCACAGCUAGGACUGAAGACCGGCUGAACAAAAUCCGGAGCAUCGUAGAAGCCAUUGUUGCCACGUGUCAAAAUGCCGUGGAACCUGGCGAGAACAUCGUCAUCGAUAAAAGUAUGGUUCCGUGGAAAGGGCUUCUGGGUUUCCGCCAGUACCUCCCAGGCAAGACACACAAAUACGGAAUCAAAUUGUAUAAGCUGUGCUUGCCUGGUGGCUACACCUACAAUCUUGACAUUUAUUCUGGAAAUGAUGCCACGAUCAUGGAGAAGACCCACGCGCGUGACGUUGUGAUGAAGCUGAUGGGUGGCUUGUUGUUUGAGGAGCGUAUCGUGUUCACAGACAGCUAUUACACAAGUGUCCCUUUGGCGGAAGAACUUUUGCAGAAAAAAACCUAUAUUUGUGGUACGGUGAAAGUAAAUAAAAAGUUCUUGCCGCGAGAAGCGAAGCGGAAACAAAAACGGGGUGACAUUAUGAGUUUUGAGAAUCGUAGUGGGGUCAGAUUUUUAAAGUGGACCGACAAGAGACCGGUUAGCAUGCUGACUACUUCAAAGAACCACAUGUGCACCAUCAUCGAAGGGAAGAACGGGAAGUUGAAGCCCGGUGCUGUUUUUUAUUACAAUAUCGCGAAGAAGGGUGUUGACAUCUCAGAUCAGAUGGCAUCGUACUAUAAUUGUCUACGAAAAACCAUGAAAUGGUACAGGAAGGUUGUGAUUCAGUUGAUCUGCGGGACUUUGCUCGUCAACGCGUGGUAUAUACACAAAAGGUGGGGGAAUAGACAAAUUAAUAUUUUGACAUUCAGAGAAAGGAUCAUCGAUCAGCUCCUGAUCGAUAGUGACCGCACGGAAGACGUGACGACUGGAGAACCACGGAAAGAAGUCACCCAUUUUCUGGACUCGUACACGGAAUCGGCAAGAACGUCUCGGAAACGAUGUAGGGGAUGUUACAAAACCUUAUCUGAAAGAGAAGGUAGAAACGUCGCCCUGAAAAAGGCCAAGCGAGUCAAGACGUUUUGCCGCCUUUGUGAGGGUCAGCCAGCGCUGUGUUUGGAAUGUUUUAAAAGAUUGCAUGAAAACAAAUAAUCACUACA